AAUAAACUCAGAGUCUAAUUUUCAAUAACAUUUUUUAAGGUAUCCUCAAUAGAUUAAAAUGAUAAACAAAGAGUAAAAAUAUUUCAAAAUGGAGGAAAUUAUUUCAAGAGAUCUGGGAGAUAUACAAUUAUCAAGAAAUGACUUUCAACUAUUUGGGAUAGAAAUGGUGGCUGUUUUAGCUGGCAGUGCUGGAGGAUUACAGAGUGUUAUUAACAUGAAUUUAUUCAUUGAUAAAAUAUGUAGAAAUAAUCUAAACUACAGUGAAAUUAUCUGCAGUGACCUGAUGAAUGUUAGAUAUGAAACAAUUCAAAACGAGGUUCAGCAUGCUGUUACCACACUAAGUAUGUAUUACACUCUUCUAGCAAGUAUACCAAUCAUCUUUUUAACCCUCAUUCUAGGACCCAUGUCAGAUAGGUUAGGAAGAAGAUUAAUUAUUUCAAUUUCUCUGUUUGGUUUCAUCCUUGGUCAGUUUUGUUACUUGAUGAACGUGGUGUUUUGGGGCGCCAGAGCUGAAUAUAUUCUUUUCUGUUCAAUAUAUUCAAUAUUCGGGGGACAAUCUAGCUUUCUUAUAGGUGUCUACUCCUAUACAGCAGAUACAAGUUCAGCUGUAAGCAGAACUACAAGAAUAUCUAUACUAGAUGCUUCAGGUGCUGCUGCAUAUAGUAUAACAAGCGUUCUAUCUGCCUACAUUUAUUCAUAUAUAGGAUAUUUUGGAAUAUAUGGGCUAACCCUAGUCCUCUACAUAGCAGAUUUUCUAUUGGUUGUAUUUCUACUGAAGCCAGCAAUCCAACCCUCAGCUGGCGCACAGACCUUACAUACAUCUGUUCAAUUCAGAGAUAUAUGUUCCAAUAUUGAACCUAUUAAAAUUAUAAGAAGUGUUUUAAGACCGAGGGUGGGAUGGCAACGACUUCAGAUACUCCUUCUCAUUCUCUCAAUGCUCAUUAUAGUUGCAGCAUCCUGUGGGGACUUUAAUUAUCUCUAUACAAGAAAGGUGCUAGAUUGGGAUGAACAGAUCUAUACAAAGGUUUCAAGUAUUGGAACUAUUCUAAACUGUGCCAGUUCCCUGAUAAUCCUACCUGUACUAAGCUACUAUUUGGAGAUACCUGAUCUUCUACUGGGCUGGGUCGCCUGCUGUUCUUUAGCUGCCGGUCAAAUAUUUAUUGGUGCAGCCAGAACUGACACUGUGUUUAUUGUUGGAGUUAUUGCUGGAGCUUUCACUUGUUUCGCCAGCAGUGUUUUUAGAUCCAAGCUUUCCAAACAAGUUCCACAGGAUGAACUGGGUGAGGUGUACAGUUUAAUGGGCUCUAUGGAGAACAUUGUCCUGCUCCUCAUCACCCCUCUCUCCACCUUUAUCUACAACUCAUCUCUAAACACCUUCCCUAGCGCAGUCUUCUACUUUAGAGCUGGUUUGGGAAUUUUGAGUUCCUUAAUAUUCAUAAUUAUGUACAGACUUGAAAAACACGACAGCACUUCUCUUUUAUCACCUGAAGACGAUAUGUCAUCUACUCAUUCCGACCCGGAAACUGAAUCAACCAAAGCUAGUCAGUCAACAGAACCCAGUAGAGAUAAUCAACCAACUGAAUCAACCCCUCUCCUUCAUUAAUACAAUGUGAUUUUUAGUCAAGUGAAAUAUUUACUCAAAAAACUGGUCUUAACGAAAAAAUGUAAAUUUUAUGUCGCAAACUGAUUUUUUAUAUCAGGCUGUUAAACAGCAUUAAUAUACAUAAACAUAGAACUCAAGAGAAGCUUUCAAUUAAAAUAGCUUCUCUUUAAUUACUUGUAAACUUGUAAUUUAAAAAAAAGUUGUCUUCAUUGUAUUGAUAUAAGCGCCGACCACUGUAUACAAUUAAACAAGUACACCACAUCUUGUAAAUCCCAGGAAUAUUAAUGUUCUUAUCUGUUACAGUGAAUUAACUGGUUUUACGAGAAAAAAUAUCUUGUAGUUCAAAGGUGGCUUAACCUAUGUAAUGUAAUGAAUUAUUUGGCCACCUGCAGAAUGUAAUAUAAUUCACAACAGGGUUUUGCACAUUUAUUUUAAUGAGGAUUAAAUCUCUUUCAAUGAAAGUAUUCAGCACUAUUUUCUCACUAGUAUUUAUACAAAAUAUUUACAAUUCACUCUCUAAAGUAUUAACUUGACAUUUCAUAUUUUAAAUAUAUUUAUGUAUUUUAAUUUUGAUCAAAAUCUUUAUGUUUUAAUUGUACAAAUACAAUGUUCUACAAUAAUACUCAAGUCUAUAUCAAUCCAGAUACGACGCUAAAUGUAAUCUUUUAGUCUGUAUCUAUCUUACGAGAUACAACUCCAGCUAUCCCUCUACUUCUCUAAUCGAGAAAUAAUAUGUGUCUAAACGUAAUGAAGCAACAAUUCAUGUUCAAAUAAUCUAUAUUUUGAGUUUUAAGGUACAUGUUAAAUCGUAAUACAUGUUAAUGAUAAAGA